GGGGCCGGGGGCGCUGUGGAGCGGGGCUCGGGCCGCCCGCCAUGGCCGAGGCAGGAGCGGGGAGCGCCGAAGGGGCCGAGGAGGAGCGGCGAACCGCUGGAGAUAAUUUCCCAGUAGAUGGAAACUCGUGCAUUGCUUCUGGAGUCCCCGGCCUCAUGAAUCCAAUAACUAAGCCUGCUACCACUUCUUUCAACAAUUCUGUGGUUGAGAUUCCAAGGAAGCGCAAAGGAAGUGAUUCUGAUAACCAGGAUACAGUUGAAGUUGAUGGGGAUCCUCAGAAAAGGAAUGAAGAUGAAGAGCAUCUUAAGAUAAAAGAUUUCAGAGAGGCUCACAGUCAAACAGAGAAACGAAGAAGAGACAAAAUGAAUAAUUUGAUAGAGGAAUUGUCUGCUAUGAUACCUCAGUGCAAUCCUAUGGCACGAAAACUAGACAAGCUUACAGUAUUACGGAUGGCAGUGCAACACUUAAAAUCUUUAAAAGGUUCCACUAGCUCUUACACCGAAGUCCGGUAUAAACCUUCGUUUUUAAAGGAUGAUGAGCUCAGACAGUUAAUCCUUAGGGCUGCGGAUGGAUUCCUGUUUGUGGUUGGAUGUAACAGAGGAAAAAUUCUGUUUGUCUCAGAAUCAGUUUGCAAAAUACUUAAUUAUGAUCAGGCCAGUUUAAUUGGACAAAGUUUGUUUGAUUACUUGCAUCCAAAAGAUGUUGCCAAGGUUAAGGAACAGCUUUCAUCUUCAGAUAUCUCUCCCAGAGAAAAGCUUGUAGAUGGCAAAACUGGCUUGCAAGUACAUACAGAUUUUCAAGCUGGACCAGCUCGACUGAAUUCUGGUGCUCGACGUUCCUUCUUCUGUCGGAUAAAAUGUAGUAGGACCACAGUCAAAGAAGAAAAGGAGUGCUUACCCAACCCAAAGAAGAAAGAUCACAGGAAGUAUUGUACCAUUCACUGUACUGGGUAUAUGAAGAACUGGCCUCCUAGUGAGGUGGGAGUAGAAGAGGAAAAUGAUGUAGAAAAGAACAGUAGUAACUUUAACUGUCUUGUUGCAAUUGGGAGGUUACACCCUUACAUCGUUCCACAAAAGAGUGGAGAGAUAAAAGUCAAAGCGACAGAAUUUGUUACACGAUUUGCCAUGGAUGGAAAAUUUGUCUAUGUAGAUCAGCGUGCAACAGCAAUUUUAGGGUAUCUGCCACAAGAGCUUCUAGGAACUUCUUGUUACGAGUACUGCCAUCAAGAUGAUCACAAUCAUCUAGCUGAAAAACAUAAAGAAGUGUUGCAGAAUAAAGAAAAAGUAUUUACAAAUUCCUACAAAUUUAGAGCAAAAGAUGGAAGUUUUAUUACUUUAAAGAGUCAGUGGUUUAGUUUCAUGAAUCCGUGGACCAAAGAACUGGAGUACAUUGUAUCAAACAACACUGUAGUAUUAGGUCACAAUGAGUCUGCUGAAGAACAGGUCUCCUAUGGUUCCCAGCCUGCAGAAGGUGCUGUAAAACAGUCUUUAGUGAGUGUACCUGGAAUGUCCUCUGGAACAGUUCUUGGUGCUGGAAGUAUAGGAACUGAAAUUGCAAAUGAAAUAUUAGAAUUACAAAGGUUACAUUCUUCACCACCUGGGGAGUUAAGUCCAUCACAUCUCUUGAGAAAGUCACCGUCUCCAGCUUUAACCGUAAACUGCAGCAAUGUGCCGAAUAAAGAGUUGAUUCAGUUAUGUCCUUCAGAAGCAGAAGUUCUGGAGACUUCAGAACAAAACCAAGGUGCUAUUCCGUUUCCCAGUAAUGAGCCCCUCCUUGGUGGUAAUUCUCAGCUGGACUUUGCAAUAUGUGAAAAUGAUGACACUGCCAUGACUGCUCUUAUGAAUUACUUGGAGGCCGAUGGAGGACUUGGGGAUCCAGCUGAACUCAGUGAUAUACAAUGGGCUCUCUAGUUCUCGUUUUUGGAAUGAGAAGGAAUUUAAAAUCCUUAAUGCACAACAACCGAACAUCCUCAGUACUGUAUUUUUUUAAAUGUUUCAUUUGAAUUCCUAUGUACUAUCAAUAUAUUUUUAAAGACUGAAGCCUUGUUCACGGAGAGACAGUUUCUGCUGCAACUAUGGAAAAAUGCAAUAUUUUUUUUUUCCAUGAUGGCAACUUUGCAAUUUUAAUACUGAACUAUCUGUAACUGGAAUGCUUAUAUUUUUUCUAAGAAGCUUUAACCAAAAGGUACUGUACAAUAUACAGAAAUAUUUUUCUUAGUUUUAACACUUAAACUUUUAUUUAUUUUUUGCUUCAAAUGGGACAACGUUGAUUAUCUAUGUCGCUUUCUCUAGAACCUAGUGUACUUAGAGUCUAAAAAUAUUUAUAACUAUAACAUUUCAAUGUAACUCUGAUAUGCACACACUACAGUUUUAAAAUCAGGUAUCGUAAUUCCUACAUAAUGCAGUUUUUGAUUCCUUGUUCUUUUCAAAAAUGCAAUUUUUGUAGUCAAAAGUGAAAACGAAGCGUACGCUUCUGGGAUCAUGGGUUAUAAUUAGAUGGUCUUACCAAUCAGAAGAGAAGGUUUUAAGAAGAAUCCUUUUGGUCAUUUCUCCAGUACACAAACUGAGAAAUGGCAAGGGUAUGAGGAAAGAGAAACAAAAUCAUAGUUGCUACGUUGUAUUAUUUCUGAUGUAUUAUUAGAGGGACAGCGCUUACAACCUAAGAAAAAUAAUGCUAUACCUGUAAUAAAGCAUUUUGGUUUUAUCGCAGAUUAUUUACUGACUAGAGAAGUUUGGAUAGAUUGUCUUAGUUCCAGAAUGAGGAUAGCACUGUUAGUGGAAAAAUGUUAAAAUUCUGUUGUAUCCUUUGUAGUAUUUCUGUUCUGGGAGAUUAGGGUGAUUUUCUAUUUCUGGAGUCUGUGACUUUUUAAAAGAUUUGUGUAAUGUAGUGCUAUAUAAAAUGGUCUUCUUUUGAGAGACAGCUUUUCUAAGACCUGUAUCCCAGUUACAGCAGAUUACUCAAGAACAUGGCAUUUAAUAGAUUGCAUUAAAACAAUAUAGCAUAAAUACAUUAAAAUUGAUUUUUUAUUUCUGAUACCAAAUGUAUAGACAAGUUUGUGUGUGAAUUAUAUAUCAUAAAAACAUAGAUUUUCUUAAAGUUUUUGUUUAAGUUCAGGUAAUGAAAGGAAAGCACUGAAAGGCACUUGAUAUUUGUGCGUCUUUGUUCAAUACAAAUAUGAGAACUUAAGCGUCGGCACCACCAUAAGCACUGUCACAUCUGUUUGAAGUUUAAAGGUGGGAGGCAGGUAGCCCUUCCAGAUCUUACAGAGGCAGAAUGAAGUGUGAACAAAUAGAUGGCUUCUCUCCAAGCAGCCGCCAGAUGUCAUGCUUCUACCGUAGGAAGCCACCUUUCCACGAAUGAAUACACAGUUUGUCAGCACUGACUUGCUAUGCUUUGACAGAGCAGCUUUAUAUCUUACAGAUGUGAAUUCUUUCAGAAAUGAUGAAUUUUUGGUGACAUCUUGUCCGUGUUUUCUAGAAUGGUUUGUUGGUUUAAUUUUUUUUUUUCCUUUUUUAUUGUCUGUAAGUAUUUUGCACUGACCCAGCAUGUGAUUUCCUGCAUUCACAGUUUCUUGAGGACCUGGGGCCAAAAUUUACAUGUUUUUUAGCUUUAUUGGAAUGAACUGUUUUGUUCCUUCACAGACAAAUAAUUUGGGGCUGUAUCAUGCAGCAAAGUGGGGAAAAAAGAGCAACAACACAGGUGUUUCCUAACAAUUGUUAGACUUGUAUUUGUACUAAUAGUAAACUCAGAAUUUAAAAUUUUGCCAUUGUGAAAUGUAUUUUCUCUUUUUUUUAAUGAUUUUGGCCAUUAAGGUAAAAAUAAAUUCUAAAUAAAACAAGAAGUACUGCAGCUGAGACAGAGAAAUAAGUAAGUAAAUGACUUUACAGCUAUA